AUGUAUUUGAUCUAUACCAUCAAAUCUUUCUGCCUGUGGGCCACAAUAGUAACUUAUGUUACACUGUUUCCAACAGGGACCCUCCCGUCUACAGAUUCAGAAGAACACAGCCGCUCAAACCCUAAACCAUUCUUGGAUACAGUAUCAGUAUUCAAAAAUGAUGUGACGGCGGACAACACAGAUGACCUAGAGUCGGAAUUUAACCUAAAUCCGGAAGAUAAAGUAGAAUUGAACCUGGAUUCUAGAUUCGAUAAGGGUAUCGAAGAAUUCAGAUUCGAAGAAUUUAAAAACGCAACAGAAGUAUUUGGCAAAGAUGAUUGGAAAUUUGAAAAGGAAAAUGGACAUAUGGGAGAAAAGGAAGUGGAGGCUUACCCGGAGGAAGUAUCACCAGAUCGUUACGGAGAUGUGCCAGAAAUGAGAUUUGAAAGCACGAAGCCGAACGAAGGAGAUAUUCUGAUAGUGGAUCCAAAAUCGGAUGAAACAAAUGGAAUGAAGAAUGAGGAAAAGAAAAAUUCGAAGAGAUACGAGUGUAGUAUCAAUAAUGAUCAAAUGUGUAGAGAAGAUUUUGAAAGAACAAGGAGAUUUUGGAUUAAGAAAGCUGCAGAAGAAUCAGCAGAAGAUUCACAAGAAAUGGACGAAGAGGAUGAAGGAUUAACGACGAAAAUGAUGGAAAUUAUAAGUAGAAUAAGGAAACUGAAGACGGAAGUUAUCAGUAAAAACAGCGAAAUCGACAACAUAUUCAACGAAGUGGCGGAGCUGAGAGGAGUGGUAAACGAGAAAAACAAAGUGGCACACUACACACUGUUUAAGGAGCUUGAGACCCUGUCGAAGGACCUGAACCUGCUGAGAAAAGGAAACAUAUUCACAGGAUACGCAGACAACAUACUGGGGAACAUAACAGUGAUGGAAGCGGUCCACGGACUGUACGUAAUAUAUAGAACACCGUUCAUACUGCUGAGACAUAAGUCGAAGCUGUACGCAAAGUUGGAGAGCCAAGUGUACAACCUGUUCAGAAGGAAGGUGCCAGCAGCAAUAAAGUCAGUGAGAGAAAGAAUUAAAAAGAGCCUGGGAAACUCAGUGGAAAAGGCGUACGGAAACGUGCUGAGACUGGCAAGAACAACAUACGUGUACCACAGCGUGAACAAGAGGACGCUGAUGAUCUACGACUCGCUGCUGACCGACUUUUUAAGAGACUACUUCGAAGUGGACGUGAAGGAGUUCAACUACGGAGGAAACAGCAAGGUGGUGCACAAGGUGGGAACAGCACUGACAAAAAUGAAGGUAAUCAAGCACUACAGGUACGUGAGACACAGCCUGCUGGACAACAAGAAGAUAGAGGCAGCGUACCUAAACAGAAACCACUUCCCAGGCAUGAGCAGCAACAUAGACCUGCUCUACGUGACGCACAAGGACUACACGAUGCGGGAGGUGCUGGGCAACAUAUACAAGAUCAAGUCGCAGAUGGCGGGACAGAAGGUGGCACUGAAGGCGCUGAGAUACACAGCAAUACUGUUAAACGUGGUAGUCAACGACGAGGAAAAGGGCUACAACACGUACACGACGCCCUUCAUGAACCUGAGAGAAGACUCGAUGUUUAAGCUGAGGAACCUGUACGUGCUGCUGAGAAACGCCUCAAUCUACGUGCUGCAAAAGCUGGACGUACUCAUGGACCAGUGCUUCAACUACGCAAACAACCUUAACCCGGAGCUAGCAAUCCUAGUGCCGCGAGACCUGUCAAACAGAAUAUUCUUCGUCUCAGUGGUGAUCCUGCUGACGUUCCUGCUCAUAUUCCUGGCGCAGCAGCUGAUCCACGGACUGCUCGCGCUGGUGACGUCGCCGUUCACAGCGAGGUCGAGGUCGAGUCUCCACUCGAGGCUGCGCCACUGGUACCACAGGUCCCACGUGCGCCAGCUCGCGCACGUGCUCAAGAGGAACCUGUCCUCGCACGGAAAGCAGCACAAGAAGAAGCACAAGCACCACCGCAACUUCGAGAACGCGCAUCGCAUAAUAGACGACGGAACCGUCACAAACUCGGACAACUACAAGCAGUUUAAACCGGCAGGCAGAACCAGCUGA